CUGAUAGUAGUUGAUAACUGCUGGUAGAGAAUCUGAAUCUGAUGAUUCAAUCCAUUAAUGUUACUGGAUCAUAAUGGGUUCAAGUGAAAUUACAAAGAAAACAAAGUUUUUAGCCAAUUUCAAAGGGACUUUUCCACAAGUUUUUGCCGCAAUAUCAGGAACUCUAUUCGCUAUUUCUGAUGGAAUGACAUAUGGAUGGACAGCUCCUUUCAUUCCAUACCUGAUAAGCGAGGACAGCCAUUUAAAAACAACAAAAUAUGAAGCGGAAUUCUUGGAAACCGCGCUUUUGGUAGGAUCAUUUUGUGGUUUGCCUGUAACAAUUUACCUCGUAGACAAAAUCGGUAGAAAAAUGUCUCUUCUGCUGGCUUCUUUCGUGGUCUUCAUAGCAUGGAUUGUAAUAGCUCUUGGAAACAGAAUAGAAUACAUUUUCGUAGCAAGAUUUGCAUGUGGAAUGUCAGGAAAUAUGGCAUUCGUAGCUGCUCCAAUGUUUUUGGCUGAGAUAGCGGAUCAGAAAAUCAGAGGUUUCUUAUCAAGUAUAAUUUAUGUAAUGAUGCUUCUUGGAUGUGUGAUAGUAUACUGUGUUGGUCCCUAUUUACCAUUUUACGUACCGUCUAUUAUUGGGGCAGGAGUCGCCAUUGUAGAGCUCUUAACAUUUUCCAGAGUACCAGAAUCUCCUCUCUAUCUUUUGUACAAGGGCAAACCUGAAAAAUCUAUGGAAUCGCUCAAAUACUAUAAACCUUAUAUUGAUGUUGCUAAAGAAAUGAGCGAGAUGGUUGAUAUAUUAGAGAAGCAACAGCAACAUAAAGGAAAAUGGACAGAUUUGAUAACUGUCGGCAGUAACAGAAAGGCAAUUUUGAUAAUGACAGUUUUGAAUGCUGGUCAACAUUUGUGCGCCUAUUCAGUGAUUUUAAUGAAUUUGCAUCUGAUUUUAAAAUCAGCAGGAUCAGUAUAUAUGGACUCGUCUAUUGCAGCAAUUUUGUUUUCAGUUCUGAUGCUGGCUGCUGCUACUUUUGCUUCUUUGCAAAUUGAUAAAUAUGGCAGAAAAGUUCUACUAAUAUUCUCCAGCUUCAUAACUGGUAUAUGCUUAUUAGCAAUUGCUGUCUACUUUCACUUCAAAGAAACGGGAUACGAUGUUAUGACCGUCAGUUGGAUACCAAUUGUUUCUGUCAUGAUAUAUGCAGCUGCUUUUAAAAUUGGAGUUGGCCUGGUUCCCAUCGUUGUUACUGCAGAAAUUUUUCCUACGGAUUUGAAAGCUUUUGGAAUGACUAUGUCAGAUGCUAUGUUUAUUGUAGGAGGAAUCAUCGCUUUACAACUUUACCAGUGGAUGACAUACGUAUACGGAUUGUAUCCACCUUUUUAUGUGUUUGCAGUAUGUUCCUUUUUCAUUACUGUAUUCACAAUAUGUUUCGUACCAGAAACAAAGGGAAAGACUCUUGAUGAAAUACAAAGUAUUCUGAAAGGAGAUAAAAGUUGUAAAAUACCUAAAAUAGCCGAAGAGAAAGUGUGUGCUUCCUGAAGUUGAAGUGAUGUGAUAUAAAUGACAGACUCUUCGAAUGUUUUUUUUAAUGUAUAGAUAAAAUUCAGAAAACAGGAUGACGUAGAAAACUCAAAAUUUAUUACAAUUUUUUAAUGUCUGUAUGGAAUCAUAAUUACUCAGUAGCAGCAUCUGAAAUUUUGUAAUAAUUUCUACGAAGCUAA